GUAAAAUUCGCUUCCAACGCCCCAAGAUUUACGCUUGGGGCGUUUCUUCGAGCCCCGCGACCAACAACCAAUCAGAAUCUCCAUGUGAAUCUCCCGCCCCGGACAUACAAAGUGAAAAACCCCGGUUCUUCUCCACUAUUGCUAAAAUGGAUGCCGUCUACAAAGGGGGGAAUACCACCUUCUCGUCCAGGAGCUCCGUCUCGAUGACCGCCUUUUUCAGAGGUACUUCAGGAUGAGCAAGGAGGUGUUCGACGAGUUGCUCGGAAAGGUGGGCCCACUGAUUACAAAGGUGGACACCCAUCUGCGUAUGUCAAUCGGCCCCGCCGAGCGACUCGCCAUCUGCCUACGGUACCUGGCAACUGGUGACUCGUACGCGACGAUAGCCUUCAGCUAUCGGGUCGGGCGUUCUACAGUGGCAGUCAUUGUCAAGGAGGUUGCGGGGGCCAUCUGGACCGCCCUGGUCGAGGAGUGCAUGCCGGUACCACAGGUGGAGGAUUGGAGAGCCAUCGCUGCUGGGUUCCAGGAGCGCUGGGAGUUUCCCAACUGUGUUGGUGCCAUAGAUGGGAAGCACGUCGUUAUCCAGGCUCCAGCAAAUGCAGGUUCCCUCUACUUUAAUUAUAAGUCCACCCACUCCUUGGUACUGCUGGCUGUGGUGGAUGCUGAGUACCUGUUCAGGGUAGUGGAUGUUGGAGGCUUUGGGAGGAGCAGCGACAGUGGGAGCCUGCGGAAUUCUGCAUUUGGAGAGAGCCUCCGAGACGGCAGUCUGCAGCUACCACCUGACACCGUCAUCGCAGGAUCAGAGCGGCGGGGCCCUCUCCCCCAUGUCUUCGUUGGAGAUGAGGCAUUUCCGCUGCUGGACAACCUUCUGCGUCCAUUCCCUGGACGUCACCUCACCCGUGAAAGGAGGUUAUUUAACUACCGCCUCAGCCGUGCCAGGUUGGUGGUUGAAUGUGCGUUUGGCAUCCUCUCAACCCAGUGGAGAAUGCUCAGGCGUGUCAUCACCACCAGCCCCGAGGUGACGGAGUUGUGUGUGAAGGCUGCCUGUGUGUUGCAUAACUUCCUCCGCAGGAAGACCAUUGAUAUGCCAUCACGCACACCUAUCGCAAAGUCCACGGAUGAAGUUACUCCAACCCUGUGUGAUGCACCGAGGAUGGGCUCCAACAAUGCCACACGGCAAUCCAUCCAACAGCGGGAGACCUUCUGCUCCUACUUCAACGAGGAGGGGGCAGUGCGAUGGCAGGCAAAUGUGGUGUAGGCCCAUAUUUGUCUCCAAACCAAAAAGCUCUUUUAAGAGCUACCCAUUUUCUUUAAAAAGCAAAUAUUCCAAAUGAGCCAUUUUAAAAUCAACCAUUCCUAAUAAACAUGUUUCUUGAAUUGAUAUCAUGAUAUAACUAACAACCUUUUUCCUUCAGCCCUGUUUUUAGUGAUAAACCACUCAUAAUUUUCAUCAGGGUUUCACCUGAAUAAUUACAGAAGACAGCACAUUAUAUAUCGACAUACAAGAAGCUCCUGGUAUGUUGUAACUGACAAACCACAUGAACAAGUCAAGACACAGUAUAGCCAUAACAUACUUUUAAAUAACUGUUAUUUAUGUGAUGUUGUGUGUGAUGAGUGAUGAGUGUAAAAAGAUGUAAUGUGGAUCAGUAUCAGUAUCUAAUUAAUUAAUUAUUAAUGUCCAUUUCUGUGGCCUCCAGGACCGCCUCUUGUAGCUUCAUUUUCAGUCUCAUGCUGCUCGUCCUGCUCAGCUUUUGCAUUGCAGGCCAGAGACUCCUUAAAAAAAGGAGGUCCUCGUCUUCCACCUCCACCACUGGUGGUGGUGGUGGUGGCAUGGCCAGCAUCGGGCCUACGGCCGACAGCAGGUUCUCCUCAAAAGGGGACAUCUCCCUUCCCCUGCUCUUCUUCCCCCGGAAUGCUGGCACACUGGCCGGCACACUGGCCGGCUGACUGGCCGGCUGACUGCUACCUGGCUCUGGCUGGCUUUCCAGACUGUCAUCCAGGCUGUCACCCAUAGAGUCUUCCUCUUCUUCUGCUCCGGUGGGUGGAGGCAGGGGUUGCCGGGGGAAAUUGCUGGACGUCUCACGGUCCAGCAUGAAGGGCUUUAAAAAGCUCAUUACUGCCGCGAGACGCCAGGGCUUAGAUCCCCCGGAAGCCCCUGCCCCGCUACUUUUCCCUUCCUUCUCCAGGAUCCUCUCCCUGCGGUAUCGGUCCCUGAGGGACUUCCAACGCUUUUUGCACACUUCGUCUAAUAAAAUGAAAAUGAAAGAAUACAGUUAA